AGGAUAAAGAGGGAAGAGAGUGGAUUGUUGAAGGUAGAAGAAGAGUUGGCAGAAGCAAGAAGGGCUAUUCGGAGAGCCAUACGAGAGAGGAACUUCACUUCACAUCAACAUGAGACCUUCGUCCCCAGAGGGAAUAUUUACAGAAAUGCUUACGCCUUUCAUCAGAGUCACAUAGAGAUGAUGAAGAGAUUCAAAGUGUGGACAUACAAAGAAGGCGAGCCACCUUUGGUCCAUUCUGGGCCCAUGAGCUCCAUAUAUGGGAUAGAGGGGCACUUCAUGGAUGAGAUAGAGAGCAGGACAAGCCCAUUUUUGGCCCAAGGGCCCAAUGAGGCCCAUGUGUUUAUGCUUCCCGUAAGCGUGGCCUACAUCGUUCAUUUCUUAUACAGACCUCUGGUCUCCUAUGCUCGGGACCCGCUCAUGAGGAUUGUCACUGAUUACACCCACCUCGUUGCCCGUAAAUACCCCUACUGGAACAGAACCCUCGGCGCUGACCAUUUCAUUGUCUCUUGCCAUGAUUGGGCUCCAGACAUUUCAAAAGAGAAAUUAGGUAAAGAACUAUACAAGAACCUCAUACGAGUACUUUGCAAUGCCAACAUUUCAGAAGGUUUCAGACCAAAUAAAGAUGUUUCACUGCCAGAAAUCAACAUCCAAGGCUCCAUUCUCAACUCACCAACCCCAACCCACCACCUCCGCAAUCGCUCUAUCCUUGCCUUCUUUGCUGGCGGCGCUCAUGGUAGCAUCAGAGAAACCCUACUCCGCCAUUGGAAGGACAAAGAUGACCAAGUGCAAGUCCAUGAGUACCUCCCUAAGGGCAUUGACUACUAUGCCCUAAUGGGUCGAGCCAAGUUUUGCUUGUGCCCUAGUGGUUAUGAAGUGGCUAGCCCUAGGCUUGUGGAAGCCAUUAAUGCAGGUUGUGUGCCCGUGAUUGUUUCAGAUUAUUAUGAGUUGCCAUUUAGUGAUGUUCUUGACUGGAGCAAGUUUUCGAUACAUAUUCCGUCAGAAAAGAUACCGGAGAUUAAGAGGAUAUUACAAGGGGUGUCAGAGAAGAGGUAUUUGACGUUACUGAAAAGGGUGGUCAAAGUACAAAGACAUUUUCAAGUAAAUCGGCCAGCAAAGCCAUUUGAUGUGUUUCAUAUGAUUCUUCACUCUAUUUGGCUUCGAAGGCUCAAUAUCAGGUUAACAAGUUGA